GGUGCCACUAGAUUUUUUAUUUUUAAUGAUGUUAAAUCCUUCUAAGAAACCUGUAUGUUUUAUCCUUAUUUAUCCUAAGGUUAUUGUAGAGGCCACUUUUAGGCAACCAACUUGAGCAGGGGAAGGAAACCUGAGUAAGGUAGAAGGUUCCACAGUGACCUCCUACCCGCUGCUGAAUACAAACAGGCCCAUUAAGUGACCCACAUCAAAAUAUCCGUAAGUCCUAGCUGAACAAUGGGUUACUUAAACCCAGGCAUAGGUACCAAAAAUUGAGAAUUCCAUAGUUUCCAUACCUCCCCCCCCAACCCCUGCGCCCUUAACUACAGCCCUACCCUGUGUACCCCACCUCUUGGCAGACAGCCUCUCCUUUGCUAAAGGCCUGUGGUCCCUUGCAGCAUAUUAGGUAAACUUCUAUUCCUUUGUUCUGCCUUGGGUGAAUUCUUUCACCACCUGGGCCCCUGGCCUCCACCCGAUUGGGUCACUGCACAAUUACAAAAAUAUUCACUUUCUUCUAAAAUGGUUAAAGUUUGCUUUCAAAUUAGGUUUGUAAGCACCCAGAAUGAUUUGUUAUGUAUAGGGUUAGAGGUCCAAUUUCAUUUUUCCCCAUAUAAUCAACUGUUCCAGGACUAUUAGCCCAUUGUUUCCCCACUGAUUGAGGGGAAGAAUAGUUUUUUUUUUUUUUUGAAAAAAAUAAAUCUAAAUAAAAUAUUAGCAACUGAAACCAACAACAUGUUAAUAACAAUUACAACACUACGAGCAAGUUGUGUUUAUCCCAAGAAAUCAAGGAUGAAUUACCUUUAGAAACUUUAUUGAUGUAACUGAGCUCAUAAACAGAGCAAAGCAGAAAACCCGUAUGAUCUCAACAGACACAGAAAAAGCAUGCAACGGCUAGUAUUUUAUUUAUUGUGUUUUUCCUUAAAAAACGCAUGGUGUUUUUAGAAAUUUUUUAAAAGUUCAGGGCCGCCAAAACCAAACAAAAACCAGGCAGGAGCAGGAGAGAUACUGCAGUCUCCAUUCCGGUGUAAGUCCUAUCACAGCCUUUGCUCUGAUGGCUUCCUAAGGCCACUUUCAGGUAUGUGUUUCUAUGACCACAAAUAGCAUCUUUGGCAAGUCGGGUUUCGGUUUGGCCUUUAUCCAACUCCUGGAUUCCAUGCAGGGCCUGAGAAGCCCUGAGAAAUAAAAAAUUAAUCAGGCCCGGUGGACCCUGUGGUUCUCCACCUCCAAAAGGGCCAGCCUCUCACGCAAUCAACCGGAGACCGGUUCUCUUCUCACCCCGAAUCACUGACUCUGCCAAGAUUGACAGAUGAGAUCGCUCCAGAGACUGGUUGGGUCUGCCCUUCGGUCCCUCCUAAUUCUGCCCCUCCUCUAGGGAAAGAGUGGGGACGUCGGUGUGGAAUCAAAGGUUGUGCGUGGUGACACGGGCCUCCCCGGGACUGGGGGCUCCCCGGCCACGGUGGUAGGCAGGGGGGCCCGAAAGGGGCAAAAGGAAGGAGGGCCCCGGUGGGUGUGCAGGGGGGCCUGAAAGGGGUAAAAGGAAGCGUGACAGAGGGGCCAAGCGGGCCAGCGGCGAAGGUCGGAGGGGGAACGAGGCAGGAACCGGCAGAGAUUCACUCCGCGGGAGGCCGCGGGCGAGAGGACGAGAGGCCAGGGCCAGGAUCGCGAGAGAAUCUGGAGCGCUCCGGUGACCUCGGACCAGAGCUCCCUUCUGGUUUGUGGAGAUGAGCCCCAGGCUUGGCCGACCAGGGAGUGUGUGGCUUUUCCGCCUCAAAGCUACGGAAAUGGAGGGAGGGAGUAUGAACCGGAGCGGCGCUUACGGCCUCAGAGCCAGGUGACCUGCAGGAAACACCUCACACUCCUUAACCUCCCUGUGCGCCUACGCAGGUGUCUGGGGCGCGCGCCUCGGACAGAGGUACACUUUGCGCCAGCCUUCCGCUUACCAGGGCGCCCUCAACGCCCACUGCGCUUGCGCAUCCGCUUCUGCCUCGAAGAUAGCACACGCUGCUUCAACGCCUACGGCGCAUGCGCCAUGGCUUUGUGCUCUCCUUCUGAGAGCCUGCUGAAAUGACUGCACCGCCCUCCUCUCGGCGGGCGUGCGCUUCCACUCCGCUCGCCUGUGGCAGCGGCCGUCCUGAGCCGAGAAGCUGGCUAGCUCAGGCCCCUGUUGCUGCGAAUGCUGGAGAGAUGUGUACGUGCUUGAUGCCCGCCUGAGAUUGGGAAAGAUCUGAAUUCCGAAACACGCCCGGCCCAGAUUCAGGGCAGUGUCCUGCUCCUGACCAUCUGUGCGGCUGGCAUUGGUGGGACGUUUCAAUUUGGCUACAACCUCUCCAUCAUCAGUGCCCCGAUGUUGCCCAUCCAGGAAUUCAUCAAUGAGACAUGGCAGGUGCGUACUGGCCAGCCACUGCCCGACCACCUAGUUCUGCUUGUGUGGUCCCUCAUCGUGUCUCUGUACCCCCUGGGGGGCCUCUUUGGAGCACUGCUUGCUGGGCCCCUGGCCAUCAUAUUGGGAAGGAAGAAGUCCCUCCUGUUGAAUAAUAUCUUUGUGGUGGCCACAGUGACCCUGUUUGGCUUCAGCCACAGACCAGGCUCCUUUGAGAUGGUCAUGCUGGGAAGGCUGCUCUUGGGAGUCAGUGCAGGUGUGAGCAUGAAUGUCCAGACCAUGUACCUAGGGGAAAGCGCCCCCAAGGAGCUCUGAGGAGCUGUGGCCAUGACCUCAGUCAUCUUCACUGCCCUAGGGAUUGUGAUAGGCCAGGUGGUUGGACUCAGGGAACUCCUGGGGGACCCACAGCCCUGGCACCUGCUGCUGGCCAGCUGCCUGGUGCCUGGGGUGCUCCAGCUUGCCUUCCUCCCUCUGCUCCCUGAGAGCCCGCGCUACCUCCUCAUUGACCGUGGAGACAUGGAGGCCUGCCUGGCAGCGCUGCAGCGGCUGCGGGGCACCACGGAGGUGGCGGAGGAGUUGGCUGAGCUGGAAGAGGAGCGUAUCUUCUGCCAGGGCCGGCGCGCCGUGCGCCCAUGGGAGUUGUUCCAGGAUCGUGGGCUGCGGAGACAGGUGACAAGCCUCAUGGUCCUGGGCAGUGCCUUGGAGCUUUGCGGAACCAACUCGGUGAGGCUCCCCGCUGCGUCCUUCAACUGGUUGGGGGUGGGAGGGCUGCAGACCACAGGCAGCUGGCAGCCCACCCCUCUACCCCCCUGUCCAGGUGUAGCCUACGCCUCCUCCGUGUUCUGGCAGGCCGGGAUCCCCGAGGGGAAAGUCCAGUAUGCUAUCGUGGGGACUGGGAGCUGCGAGCUGCUCAUGACCUGGGUCAGUUGUGCAGUGAUUGAGAUGGUGGGCCGCCGGAAGCUGCCGAUAGCGGGGUAUGGUCUGAUGGCCUGCUGUGGAAGUAUCUUUACAGUGGCCCUGUGCCUGCAGAGCCCCCUCCCCUGGAUGCCCUACCUGGCCAUGUUCUGCGUCUUUGCCCUCAUCCUCAGCUUUGGCCUUGGCCCUGCCGGAGUGACAGGGAUUCUGGCCAUGGAGCUCUUUGACCAGAAGGCCCGGCCUGCUGCCUGUAUGGUCUGCCGGGUGCUCAUGUGGACCAUGCUCUUCCUGGUCGGGCUGGGGUUUCUCUUCAUCAUGGAGGGCUUGUCCCACUUUCUUUAUGUGCCUUUCCUGGGUGUUUGUGUCUGUGGGACCAUCUGUACUGGCUUCUUCCUUCCCAAGACCAAAGGCAAGACCUUCCUGGAGAUCUCUGAGGAACUUCACAGACUCAACUUCCCUAGGCAGAGCCAGGGCCCUGAGUGGCUGGGCCCGGAAGUCAUCCAGGCCACAGAGCUGUAGUUCUGUAGGUGUGGUGGGCCCCAGAUCCAGCGGCAGCUCUCUUCUUUGCUUCCUGCCCAGGGUCCCAGCCCUCUGCGUUCCCUCCUUCCUGCAUUCAUUUGUUUAAUGAGUGCCCAUGUAGCACCUACUGCAUGCAGGCUUGGUGCUAGGUGCUUAGCAAUCCGUGGUGAGCCAGAGAGAUGGGAUCAGGACCUACUGGUGCUCCCCAUCUAGAGGCAGUUAACUAACAGGCAACCAAUCAAAACAUUAUUGCAAACUUGGAGAAAUGCAGUAGGAGAAAAUACAGAUUAUGAAGUGAGUGCAUACUAGGGAGCCUGGCCUAUCUGAGGAGGGUGGUCAGAAAAGAAUUUUCUGGGGGUACUUGGCUGACUUGGUCAGUAGAGCAUGCAAUUCUUAAUCUUGGGGUUGGAAGUUUGAGCCCCAUGUCGGGUGUAGAGAUUACUUAAAAAUAAAAUCUAAAAAAAAAAAAUUUUUUUUCUGAGGAACUGAUUUUUUUAAAAAAAUCAACGUUGACGGGGCACCUGGGUGGCUCCGUCAGUUAAGCGUCCGACUUCGGCUGAGGUCAUGAUCUCACAUUUUGUAGGUUUGAGCCCCGUGUUGGGCUCUGUGCUGACAGCUCAGAGCCUGGAGCCUGCUUCGGAUUGUGUGUCUCCCAGGCUAGCUCUGCCCUUCCCCCACUCAUGCUUUGUCUCUGUCUCUCAAAAAUGAAUACAUGUUAAAAAAAAUCAACCUUAAGGUGUAAUUUACAUGCAGUAAAAUGAAUCUAUAUUGAGUAUACACUUAAUGAGUUUUGGCAGAUGUAUGUGCCCAAGAAACCACCACCACAAUCAAAGUAGAACCUUUACAUCAUCCCAAAGUCUCCCUCAUGCCCCUUUGCAACCAGUAAGCCAUCCCACCUGCAGGCCCAGGCCAUGAUAGGUCACAUUGCCUUUUUUGGAGUUUGAUAUAAUUCCACACCAUAUGUAUGCAUUUGUGUCCGGUUUUGCUCCAAAUAAAGUUUUGGGGAUUCACACAUGUUGUCACAUCAUUAGUACAUAUUCUUUUGUGUUGCUGAGCAAUAUUCUACUGUAUGGAUGUAUCAUAAUUUGUUUACCAUUUACCUGUCGAUGGACAUUUUGGGUUGUUUUUGAUUCUUGGCCAUUCAUGAAUAAAACUUCUAUUAACAUUCCUGCACAAGUUGUGUAGACAAAUGUUUCAUUUCUUUUGGGUAAGUGAAUUACUGAGUUUAGUAGCAAAUGUAUGUUUAGGGGCCCCUGGCUGGCUCAGUCGUUACAGCAUGAUCUCAGGGUUGUGAGUUUGAGCCCCAUAUUGGGUGUAGAGGUUACUUAAAAAAAAACCCAUAGUAAAUGUAUGUUUAACUAUGGGAGGAAAACAAACAAAACAAAACAAAAACUAUAGAAGAAAUUGUCCAAAGUGAUUGUAUUGUUUUACAUCCCCACUAGUGAUGUAGAAGAGUUGUGGAUGCUCCAGACCCUCACCAACACUUGGUAUUGUCUGUCUUCUUAAUUUAGGCAUGCUGCAGGUGGUACAAUGGUGUUCCCUUGUGGUUUAAUGGUGGCAUUUCCCUGAUGACUAAUGAUUAUAAUGCUCAUCAUAAUAAUGUUGAGUACCUUUUCAUGUACUCAAUAUAGCCAUUCAUGUAUCUUCCCUUGUGAAGAAUCUGUUCAAAUCUUUUGUCCACUAUUAACAACAAUAACAACAACAAAACAAAGUUAGGGGCAUCUGGAUGGCUCAGUCGGUUGAGCAUCUGACUCGUGAUCCCAGGGUGGUGAGAUACAGCCCUGAGUCAGGCUCUUUGCUGAGCGUGGAGUGUGCUUAGAAUUCUCUCCCCCCCCCCGUCUCUACCCCUCAUCCACUCGUGCUCUUUCUCUCUCUCUAAAAAAAAAAAAGUUAAAAUUUAUCAAAACUUAUGCAUGCAAACACUUAAAGACCAUACAUGGUACCAUUUUCAGUAGAGAGAUAUGUAAAUAAACAUAAAGGUGCAGUAUUAAAUCAUAACUGCAUAACAUUAACUGUAUCACUGUAAUGAAAAAAACCUAAAAAAUAAAAAGAGCACAACCUCUUUAUCUCCUCUUGAGAUACAAAUGUCCAGUGUGUAUGAAGAUGAGCCCAGUACUGGAGAUGGUGUUUAGCUCUCCUAUUUGUUCCACUAAAUUCCAAGGGAGGAGGAGGCUAAAUAGGAUCUAGACUGUUUCCAUCUGUUAGUAUUCAGCUUAUCAAAUCUACAGCCUAGUACUCCUUGAGCAGGACUGCCCCAAUAAGGCUGGAUGUGUAACAGUCAAAGACGGAGGUGGGAAAUAUGGAGGAUUCAAUGUGUACAUGCAGUUUAGGCCAAUGUCCCCAUAUGCUCUUUAAAAUUCCACUAUUUGAAGGCACCUGGGUGGCUCAGUUGGUUAAACAUCCAACUCUUGGUUUCUGCUCAGGUCAUGAUCUCACGGUUUGUGAGUUCACGCCCAUGUCAGGCUCUGCACCGAGAGCAUGGAGACUGCUUGGGAUUCUCUCUCUCUCUCUGCCCCUCCUCUUGCUCACCCUCUCUCUCUCUCUCAAAAUAAAUAAACUUUUAAAAAUAUAUAUAAAAAAAUAGGGGCAUCUGGGUGGCUCAGUUGAUUAAGCCACCGAGUCUGGGUUUUGGCUCAGGUCAUGAUCUCACAGUUUGUGAGUUCGAACCCCAUGUCUGACUGCGCUAUCAGUGCAGAGGCUGCUUGGGAUUUUCUAUCCCUUUCUGCCCCUCCCCCCUGCUCGUGCUCUCUCUCCCAAAAUAAAUAAAUAAAAAAUAAGUAAAAUAAAAUAAAAUAAUAAAACAAUAAAAUUCCAUUACUUGGUCAGAGGGGGGAGUGGUUUCAGGGUGAUGACCCAUCUUUGCUCCACCGCUCCUCUGAUUUUGCUCUGUUGCUGUUGAAGGAGAGUAGGUGCGGAUCAUCCAGUACUUGUACCUUUCAGUCUUGGGCCUUUCAGAGUUCACCACAGACAUAGGUAACCUCACAGCAUCAAGCCCAUUUACCAACCCCUCACACCAGUGUCCACCCCACCUAGUGAUGAGUCCUCUGGUAACUUUAAUACAUGUGAGCCCACAGCAACCAGGAUUCUUUAAGAUAUGGAGGGCAGGGGCAGUUGGGUGGCUCAGUGGGUUAAGUGUUCAACUUCGGCUCAGGUCAUGGUCUCAUGGUUCGUGAGUUCCAACCCCACAUCGGGCUCUCUGCUGUCAGCAGAGUCUGCUUCGGAUCCUCUGUUCCCUUCUCUCCACCACUCCCCUGCUCACGCUCUCUCUCAAAAAUAAAUAAACAUUAAAAAUAUUAAUUAAAAAAAAAGAAAGAAAUGAUGGGCAACUAUUUCAGGGUUUAGUUCCCAUUUGAGGAUGUUCUUCAUUCCUGCCUCUAGGUGACAGCUUCUUAGAAAUGUCAUUGUCAUCUCACCUGCCCUGCUCUGGAUCUUCUCUAACUUUCCUUCUUGUCUCAGCAAUUUCUCCUCCUCGGCCAAUUUCUUGGUCUCAGGGGAUGCAUUUACCGCCAGACCUGGAGACAGUAGUCAAUUCCCGCCCAAAGAUUUCUUCACCAAGUCCAGGUCACUAGUACUCCAAGUCCUCCCACUGACUGUGUGAGGAUUAGCUCCAGGGUGUUCUCUCUACCAGCUCGUAGAUGCAGUGUCACCAGUGCAGGCACAGCUUCCGGCCCUCUCCCUCCCGUGGCACCUUCCACCAGCACUCCAUGAUGACGGUGUUCUGUGACAGAGGCUGAAGUCACACUCCUGCUGGCGGUUGCUCCCCACUGCCCCUUCACAGCAGAGCUCUCCUGAGGCUGCCACCAUGUUCCCAGAGCAGAGGGAAAGCCUGUCCACUGAUUUUUUAAUAAGGGUUUUAUUUUAUUAUUUUUUAAAGUUUAUUUAUUUAUUUUGAGAGAGGGAGGGAGAGAAUGCAAGUGGGGGGGGGAGCAGAGAGAGAGGGAGACACAGAAUCCUACACUGACAGUAUGGAGCUCCAUGCGGGGCCCCAUGUGGGGCUUGAUGGGGGGCUUGAACUCACCAACCAUGAAAUCAUGACCUGAGCCCAAGUCAGACGCUUACUGGACUGAGCCACCCAGGUGCCCCAAAGACUUUAUUGUUUUUAGGGGGUGCCUGGGUGGCACAGUCAGUAGAGCAUGUAACUUAAUCUUGGGGCUGUGGGUUUGAGCCCCACACUGGGUAUGGAAAUUACUUACUUUUUUUAAAAAUUUUUUUAGCGUUUAUUUAUUAUUGAGAGACAGAGAGAGAGAGAGAGACAGACAGACAGACAGACAGAACAUGAGCAGGGGAGGGGCAGAGAGAAGGAGACACAGAAUCUGAAGCAGGUUCCAGGCUUUGAGGUGGCAGCACAGAGCCCAACGCGGGGCUCGAACUCACAAACUGCGAGAUCAUGACCUGAGCUGAAGUCAGACACUCAACUGACUGAGCCACCCAGGCGCCCCUUACUUUUUUUUUUUAAAUAUUAAAAAAUACUAGAGGCACCUCUCUCUCAACAAUAAAUAAACUUAAAACAUCUUUAAAAAGAUUUUAAAAAAUAGUUUAUUUUUCUUAGAGAAGUUUUCAUUUCACAGCGAAAUUUAGAGAAAAAUAUAGACACUUCCCAAAUACCCCCUACCCCCACAUAUGCAUAGCCUCAUUUAUUAUCAACAUCCCCCACCAGAGUGGUACAUGUGUUAUAAUCCAUGAACCUACGUGGACACAUCAUUAGCACCCAGCAGCCAUGUUGUGUGCUACAUUUUAUAGGUUUGGACAAAUGUAUAGUGACACGCACCCAUCACUGUAGUAUAUACAGAGUAUUUUCACCAUCCUAAAAGUGCUCUUCUCUACCUAGUCAUCCCUCCCUUUCCGCUGAUCCUUAGCACCCAAUGAGGGAGGUUUUACUGUCUUCAUAAUUUUACCUUUUCCAGAACGUCCUAUAGUUGGAAUUGCACAGUAUGUAGCCUUUUCAGAUUGGCUUCUUUCACUUAGUAAUAUGCAUUUAAGUUUCCCCCAAGUCUUUGCAUGGCUUUAUAGCCCAUUUCUUUUUAGCACAGAAUAAUAUUUCAUUGUCUGGAUGAACCACAGUCUAUUUAUCCAUUCACCUCCCGAAGGACAUCUUGGUGGCUUCUAAGUUUUGGUAAUUAUGAAUAAAGCUAGUAUACACAUCCACGUGCAGGUUUUUGUGUCAAAGUACAUUUUCAACCCCUUUGGGCAAAUACCAAGAAGCAUGAUUGCUCAACGACAGGAUAAGAGUAUGCUUUGUUUUAGGGGUGCCUGG